AUGGCUUGGUCUCAUUUUAUCGUCCUCGUGGCAGUCACUUGCGCGAGCCAAGCACACUACACCAAAUUUCCUGAGGGAUUCACAUUUGGUGUCGCCACAGCAGCCCAUCAAAUCGAGGGAGCAUGGAACGUCAGCGGAAAAUCUGAAAAUGUUUGGGACCGUUUAACCCAUACCAAACCAUGGAUGGUAGCUGACGGUACUAACGGUGAUGUAGCUUGCGAUUCCUACAACCGAUAUCUAGAAGAUGUUGAGGAACUGGCUUACCUUGGCGUAGACUUCUACCGAUUCUCAUUCUCUUGGGCAAGAUUGUUGCCUACGGGUCGCGUCGACCAAAUCAAUCCUGAGGGUGUGCAAUAUUACCACAAUCUUCUCGAUGCUCUUGCUGAAAAGAAUAUAGAGCCUUUGGUAACGCUGUUCCAUUGGGAUUUACCUCAAGCCCUUCAGGACUUAGGUGGUUUCGCCAAUCCUAAAAUUAUUCAAUACUUCAGUGAGUACGCCGAUUUCUGCUUCCGAGAGUACGGAGACAAAAUUAAGUCCUGGAUAACCUUCAAUGAGCCUUACGAAAUUUGUGAAGAUGCUUACGGUGAUAUCAAGAAAGCUCCAGCUAUUGAUAGUCACGGUGUUGGGAACUACUUGUGUAGUGAUAAUCUAUUGAAGUCCCAUGCUGAGGCAUACCAUUUAUACAACGAGAGUUACAGGCCAAAACAAAAUGGUAGAAUCAUGAUCUCCAUUAACUCUAUCUGGUAUGAGCCUGCAGAUCCAAAUGACCCAGAACAAGUGGCGUUAGCUGAAGUAGCCAAUCAAUUUAAGUUCGGUUGGUUCGCACACCCUAUCUUCACAGAAGAAGGCGGUUAUCCACCAGUGAUGAUUGAAAACGUCGCUCAAAACAGUCAAGCCGAGGGUUUGCCCAAGUCCAGACUAGAACAGUUCGACGAUUACUGGAUUGAAAGGAUUAAGGGGACAUCAGACUUCCUCGGUAUUAACCACUACACUACCCAUCUAAUUACGGGCCCAGGAGUUGACCCUAUCGCAAAGUCGCCAUCCUGGUUGAAAGACAUCGGAGCGGUUACGUCUUUAGAAGUUGGCGAAGCUACUGCAUCCGAGUGGUUCCGAGUGGUACCUACAGGAUUCGCUAACCUGCUACGUUGGUGUAAGAGCAGCUACAAUGACCCACCAAUCUACAUCACAGAAAAUGGCUACUCAGACCGCGGGACUUUGGAAGACUACGACCGCAUCAAAUACUUUAACGACCACCUGGGAGCUAUACUGAAUGUGAUUAACGAUGAUGGUGUGAGAGUGCUUGGAUACACCGCGUGGACUCUAAUGGAUAACUUCGAAUGGAGAGCUGGAUUCUCAGAGCGUUUUGGCUUCUACCACGUAGACAUCACGGACCCAGCUCGGCCAAGAACAGCUAAGCUAUCCGCUGAGUACUACAAGAAAUUGAUCGCCAACCGCGAGUUACCGCAGGACGAACAGUUCAAGAAACCUUCGGCACAAAGGGCUGAUCACCUAAAGAAUAGAAAACCGCAUCCAAUUCGAUUUACCGGAGCUACGAUGUGCGUACACUGUACACACGUAGUGCCACUCUUCAAACUGAUAAAAGACCUCUUUUUGCGACAGGAGUUAAAAAUUAUUAGUAAGAAAGAUCCAGAAAUGUCUUAG